GCUAGAAGUAGGACCCAUAGGUGAGAACCCCUCCCUACCGCCAUUGACGACCUCUGAUUAGUUUCUGUCUUUCUCUUUAACUCUUCUCCAUCUACGGCAUUAGAUCCUUCACUGACCUCGUUUCUAUCUAUCCUCUCCGAUCUCAUAUCCUAUCAGGCAUCAUCACAUCUUAAACGAACGAUUCUUCCAGAAUCAGAGCAAAGAUGAACGAUUUGAUGACGAAGUCGUUUAUGAGUUACGUGGAUUUGAAGAAGCAGGCGAUGAAGGAUCUCGAAACCGGGCCUAAUCCGGAUAUCGAGAUGGGUCAACUCGACCCGGCGGAUGAAAAGAACUUGUCACAGUUUUUCGAAGAAGUGGGGUCCAUCAAGGCCGCCAUGGAUGAUAUCUCUAAUCUCCUUCUGGAUCUUCAAGAUCUCAACGAGCAGACGAAGUCUUCACACAGUGCUAAAAUUCUCCACGGUCUCAGAGACAGGAUUAACUCGGACAUGGUCACCGUUCUCAGAAAGGCGAAGAUUAUCAAAACCAAACUUGAAUCUCUCGACAAAUCAAGCCAGUCGAAUAACAAAACACCAAUCGAACGGACCAGAAUCUCAGUGACGAACGGGCUGAGACAGAAGCUGAGGGAUUUGAUGAAUGAUUUCCAGUGCCUGAGGGGUAAGAUCGUGGCAGACCACAAAGAAGGCCUGAAGAGGAGCUAUUAUGAUGCUACAGGGCAGGAGGCAAGCGAGGAGAUGGUGGAGAAGAUGAUGGCCGGCGGUGGGACCCAGCAGGAAAGACUGGUUUUUGAAGGAAAGGCUGCUGCUGAAAUGGUGAAGGAGAACCAGGUCCGGAAUGAGGCGGUGAAGGAGAUCCAGAAAAGCCUUGCAGAGCUUCAUCAGGUGUUUCUUGAUAUGGCGGUGAUGGUGGAGACUCAGGGGGAGCAAAUGAACAAUAUAGAGAUCAAUAUGGUCAAUGCUGGUUCGUAUGUCAAAGACGGGUCGAAAGAAUUGGAUCGGGCGAAGAGGUUGAAGAAGAAGAAGACUUUGCUGUGCUGGGUUGGGUUUAUUGCUCUGGCCAUCUUUUUGCUUUUCAUUCUUGCCUUUUUGUUCUGAAAAUGUAUAAUCCAUAUAUAUACAUAUGUAUAUAUAUGCAGGCAAAAUAUAUGCAGGUCCUUUGAUAUAUCUAUCUUCAUCUCCUUUGAUAUUUUUUCGUAUGAUUCUUUUGCUGGCAUAAGAUUCUUCAAUGGCAAAAUCUUGCUUUGAUUCUUUUGGUCGAUUGGUAUCUUUUGUUCAUAGUAAACAAAUACAGCAGCAGCUUUUGGGCAAAGCCUAUGUAAUGAAUGCAUUUGAAGGCAAAGUGAUUUGUGUGUUUGGCCACUCUUAGAUGCAAAUUCUUUGGUUCAACUUACAAUGUACUGAUGACACUCAUGAUAAAGAAUUAUUAUUGUGUUUGUGAGAAAAUUACACUCAAA